CAAUGGGAUAUUUGUGUGUGUUUUAGGUACUGGGUGCCAGUGGAGUAUGAGGACGAUCAGGAGAAAGACAAAGAGAAAGAGGGAGACGAUGAGGACAAGCAGCCUGAAGAAGACUUCCAGUGUGUGGUUUACUUCUGGCAGGGCCGUGAGGCCUCCAACAUGGGCUGGCUGACCUUCACUUUCAGCCUGCAAAAGAAGUUUGAGAGCUUGUUCCCAGGCAAACUGGAGGUUGUGAGGAUGACCCAGCAGCAGGAGAAUCUUAAGUUUUUGUCCCAUUUCAAGAGGAAGUUCAUCAUCCACAAAGGCAAGAGGAAGCUAAAAGUGGACAGUGUUCAGCCAAGCUUAUACCACAUCAGAACCAAUGGAAGUGCGCUAUGCACCAGGUAA